AAGACAAUCGGAUUCUUGAUUUGCACCAGAGCGGAUCUUGCUUGAUCUGUGCUAAAUAUCCUAGUUUACAAUUAAGUCUAGUUUUAUUAGUGAAGCUAAACAUCAGUAGCUGCUGUAUCUUUAACAAUUUAGUAUAAAUUACAAUAAAAUCUUAAAUCUUGAUCCGUGCACCCGAAGGAAUCUGAACCGAUCGACAUCAUGGUUGCUGUACCAAAAGGAGUUAAUUUUCCAGUGAUUCUUUUCCUUUUGAUUUCAAUGAGUGAAUUAUUGUUUACUUCGACGUUUGGGAAAUCUAUUUCCGAUUGCAAUUGUGUUUGUGGAGUUCGAGGACGAGGAAAUCGAAUUGUCGGAGGCAAUGCAAUCAGCCCCAAUGAAUAUCCCUGGCUGGUCGGCCUAAACCGCCAAGGCAAGAUGUACUGCGGAGCAACUGUUAUUUCACACAGGCACGUUCUGACUGCAGCGCAUUGUGUGAAUGGGAUGGAAGCCAAUGAAAUUCGGGUGUACCUGGGGGGUCAUGAAAUCUCCAAGGACUACACGGAAAUCCGAAGAGUAAAGAAGAUCCAUGAGCACGAGUACUUCGAUAUCAUCUCCUUCGAUCAUGAUAUCGCUGUACUCGAGUUGGACAAACCCAUCAAGUUUGGACCAAAAGUGCAACCUGUCUGCUUGCCUGAUGGAUCACGCGACAACUACACUGGCGCUCUGACCAUGGUAGCCGGUUGGGGACGCACAGAAGAGCGUGGCAAGACCUCAGAUGUUGUUCGAUCGGUUCAGAUCCCAGUUUGGUCACCAGAGCAGUGUCAUGAUGCCGGUUACGGUGACAAGCGUUUAACCGGCAACAUGAUGUGUGGAGGAUACCAUGAUGGAGGCCGUGAUGCUUGCCAGGGUGAUAGCGGUGGCCCAAUGAUCUUGACUGGACCAACUGGAAGUGCUGAGAUCAUCGGUAUCGUCUCGUGGGGCCGGGGAUGUGCCAGACCAAAUCUUCCAGGAAUCUACACUCGCUUGGUCAAUUAUUUGCCGUGGAUUCAAAAGAAAAUCGCAGGACAGUGUCUGUGCCAACCGAAAGCCGGAAGCCGGAGCCUUCUCACUGAUGGAUUCUUUGGCUUUCGAAUUUCAUACGAAAUGCGGUACUCGUGUUGUUUGCAUAUUAUUCUCUUUUACUUAAGUUUACAUUUGUGUCUGCAAAGUGUACAUAGUGUAACAUAUGUGAAUAGAACCUACGUUGAUACCAGCCGCGCAUCUAACUCAAACACGACUGAAUUUACCACGAACAGAACAGGAAGAUUUCUUUUCGACUCGAUAUUUCGCAUUGGAUCGGAUAUUAACAAUGUCUUUGAUUACGACGACACCGACGAUGAUGUGGAUUAUGAUGUGGCGACAACCGUGAGGACAUGCAAUUGUGAGUGUGGUCAGUCGAAUCAAGAAAUCCGAAUUGUCGGCGGUAAACCAACAGGCGUUAACCAAUACCCAUGGAUGGUGCGUCUUGUCUACGAUGGAAAAUUUCACUGUGGUGGAACUCUACUAACCAAAGACUAUGUCAUGACUGCAGCUCAUUGCGUUAAAAGAUUGCGACGUUCAAAAAUUCGAAUAAUUCUUGGCGACCACGACCAGUAUAUAACGACGGAGACAAGAGCCAUCCAAAGGGCUGUAACCUCGAUUAUUAAGCAUCGACGAUUUGAUCCCGACACCUACAACAAUGAUAUUGCACUAUUGCGACUGCGGAAACCUGUGGUUUUCUCAAAGAGCAUUCGACCGAUUUGUUUACCUCGAAUAAAUUAUGAUCCAGCUGGUCGGAUAGGUACCGUCGUUGGAUGGGGGCGUACCAGUGAAGGUGGUGAACUGCCAGGGAUCGUGAACCACGUGAAAGUUCCUAUCCUAACAAUCGGUGACUGUCGAAACCAAAAGUACAAGAGCUCGCGGAUAACCACGAGUAUGUUAUGCGCCGGAAAGCCUAACCAGGAUUCAUGUCAAGGUGACAGUGGAGGGCCCUUGCUCCUGUCCAGUGGCUACAAAUACCACAUAGUCGGCAUAGUGUCCUGGGGCGUUGGAUGCGGCCGCGAAGGAUAUCCAGGCGUCUACACACGUGUCAGCAAAUUCGUUCCGUGGAUUAAGGCUAAUCUGGAAGGCACGUGCCUAUGUACGUAG